AUGUUUUACACCCUUGCCCCUACACCCUCUCCCCUACGCCCUCGCCCCUACACCCCUUGCCCCUCCCCCUCGCCCCUACGUAAUCCUACCCCUCCCCCUACCCCCUCUCCCCUACACCCUCGUCCCUACACCCUCGUCCCUACACCCUCUCCCCUACCCCUGAUGCACCUACACCCUUGUUUGCUUUUGCCCCUACACCCUCUCCCCUACACCCACACCCCUGAACACAGUCUCAGCCUCCCACACCCUCUCCCCUACACGAGACUCCCCUACACCUGUGCUCCUACACCUCGCCCCUACACCCUCUCCCCCUACACCUCUGUCCCCUACACCCCUCGCCCUACAGGUGAGGUCUACCCUACACCCUCUCCCCUACACCCUCACCCCUACACCCUCUCCCCUACACCCUCUCCCCUACACCCUCGCCCCUACACCCUCGCCCCUACACCCUCGCCCCUACACCCUCUCCCCUACACCCUCUCCCCUACACCCUCGCCCCUACACCCCCUACACCCUCUCCCCUACACCCUCGCCCCUACACCCUCGCCCCUACACCCUCUCCCCUACACCCUCUCCCGUACACCCUCUCCCCUACCCCUCGCCCCUACACCCUCGCCCCUACACCCUCUCCCCUACACCCUCGCCCCUACACCCUCUCCCCUACACCCUCGCCCCUACACCCUCUCCCCUACACCCGCCCCUGCACCUCGCCCCUGCACCCUCGCCCUGCACCCUCGCCCCUACACCCUCUCCCCUACACCCUCUCCCCUACACCCUCACCCCUACACCCUCUCCCCUACACCCUCUCCCCUACACCCUCGCCCCUACACCCUAGACCAUUUCACAAGGCCAAAUUCCUCGUACAUGUAA